CAUAUAUCUAUAACCUGUGUCUGUAUCUGAACUGCCAACCGAACAACAAAAUAAACAAAGAAAUAACAAAAAGCGAAAAGUGUCGCAGUGAAAUAGUUAUAAAAGAAAAUAUAAGGAAAACUAAUAGAAAACGAUAUGGCGGACAACAAUGUGCAGAAAACCAAAAAACGUAAGAAGAAUAAAAAGGGAAAGCAGGGGCCUUCAGCAGGUACAAUGAACAACCCACAACAGCCCCAACAAUCGGGUUCAGGGGCAAACAGCAUCAAAAUUGUUGCACUCCCACUCAGUCUGAUGGAGAAAAAUCUGCUGAAGCAAAUGCUGGCUGAUUUUUUGGCCAGCAACCAACUGGAGCUGAAACUGGAGGGCAUGAACAAGCAGCAGCGCAGCCACAUUCAUAGCUGUGCCCAGUCGAUGGGACUGAAGAGCAUCAGCCGUGGGCCCACUCUCAAUCGGGUGCUCAGCGUCACUCGCGCUCCGGGCUCCAGUCUCCACCUCUGCCUCGACGCCCCUGUGCUGAUGGUAAACUCCAAGGUGACCCGAACCCUAGCCUCGUCGGUCGCCAAAAUUGAACGAGUGAUGGCCUCGGCGGCACUCAAAGGCAAUGGCUCUCGAGCAGACCAGAACAGGCCACGAAAUGGCUUCGGUUUGGUGGGUGUCCGACAAAUACCCCCCCACCCGGAAUACGCAAACAAUCCGCUGAAUGGGGAACGCAUCGGUCUACCCAUUUUUCGCUAUCGCUCAACGAUUCAGAGCACUCUGCAACAGUACCAGGUUCUCAUUGUCAAGGGUGCCACCGGCUCUGGAAAGUCAACGCAGGUGCCGCAAUAUGUGCUGGAGUCGGCAGCAGAAAAUCAGCACGCGGUGCGGAUUGUGGUAAGCCAGCCGCGUCGGAUUGCGGCCAUCAGCGUCUCGGAGAGAAUCUCCAAGGAGCGCGGCGAGCUGCCAGGCGGCACUGUAGGCUAUCAGAUUCGCAUGAACAGCAAUUGCACCAGCCACACUGUUCUCACGCUGACCACCAGCGGCUGUCUGCUGCGGGCCCUGACCAUGGAUACCCAGGCCUUCUUUGAGACCGUCACACACUUGAUUAUCGACGAGGUGCACGAGCGUGACCUGGACACGGACUUUCUGCUGCUGGUCAUCAGGCUGGAACUGAAGAAGAAUCCCCAGCUUAGGGUGAUCCUGAUGUCGGCCACCAUGGAUCUAGAUGCGUUGUCCGCAUACUUUGGCAAUGUGCCCGUUCUGGAUGUGGAGGGACGCAGCUUCGGGGUGCGCAUCUUCCAGAUGGAGCAGAUUCUCAGCCAGACUGGCUACAUGACCGCGGCCAUGAAGCAGAUCUUGGGCAACAAGAUUGAUACCGCCACAGAGGAAGAGCUGCUCCAUGCCUACAUCCUCACGCGGUACAUGGAGGCGGACAUUGACAACAACCUGAUUGUCUCCUUGCUGGAGCUGCUGGUGAAGACGGGCGAGAAGGGCUCGGUAAUUGUGUACCUUCCGGGCUACAAUGACAUGACCUCGCUGAUGGAGUGUCUGUACAACUCCCUGCCGAGCGACAAAAUGCAAAUACUCCUGCUGCACAGCCAGGUGGAGAACCACGAGCAGAAGAAGAUAUUCCGUCACUAUCCGAACAUCCAGCUGACGAUCAUCCUGAGCACCAACAUCGGCCAGACGUCCAUCACCAUACCGGAGCUGGUCUAUGUCAUCGACUUGGGCAAGUCCAAGAUGAAGAUCUAUGACGCCAAAACGAACGCUUCGCAGCUGACCACGGCGCCGAUCUCGCAGGCGGAUGCCCAGCAGAGGGCCGGUCGAGCUGGUCGCCUCCGAGAUGGCAUCUGCUAUCGCCUGUACUCCAGCGCGCAAUUCGCCAAGAUGAACUUCUAUACCAUACCGGAGAUACAGCGUCGCACGCUGGACGAGAUCUGUCUGCUGACGAAGAUCGCUGCUCCCGAGCAGUCCAUACCGAAGUUUCUGUCGCAGGCACUGGAUGCACCGCAGCCGGAGGCCGUCAAUCAGGCCUGCUCGAGGCUGAAGCUUUUGGGCGUGCUCCAGGAAAGGGAUGAGUCGAUCACCAUGCUGGGCCGGAUCCUGGCGGAGCUGCCGCUUAGCGUGCAGAUGGGCAAGUGCGUGGUAUACUCGAUAUACUAUCGAUGUCUGGGCAGCAUGUCCAUCAUUGCCGCCUACCACUCAGUCCGUGAUCCGUUCGUUCUGCCCGUUGAUCGCCGGAGGAGCUUCUAUCCGCAAGAGGCGCGCCUCAAGAUGACCGAGAGCAGCCACAGCGAUUUGAUUGGAAUGAUAAAUCUCUACAAACAAUACACGGACAUAUCGCGACGCGGCAACAGGGAGGUAGCCCAGUUCUGUGAGCGCAACUAUCUUUGCUCCAACUCCAUGGCCAUGUUCGUCUCGGCCGUGUCCACGCUGCGGGAGUCUGUUUGCAGAAUAUUCAAGCUGGAUCAGACCGCCAAGCGCCAUGCCAGCGCCUAUGACAGGGACAACAACAUGCUCCGGUUGGCCCUCACUGCUGGCCUCUACCCCAAUCUGGCCUAUUACGACUACACCAAGAACGAGCUGGUGGCCGAGUGCGAUCCGAAUGUACUUGUCUCCCGCAAUUCCUGCUUGUUGGGCAAAAAGAAGAUGCGCACCCUGCCCAGCGAGUGGGUACUGUACGUGGAGAAGACACGCGUCUCGGAAUACAAAUCGUCACUGGAACAAACCAGCCUGGUCAGCUCCCUUCAUGUGGCCAUUGCCGGUGGAAAGGUGCUCAAAAUAACAAAGCGACCGAGCAGCAACCUGGGCCUGCUGGACACCGCACCCAAGGGGCAACUGUGCAUUGACCACUGGAUACGGAUUUGCAUGCAUCCGAUGUUCGGGGAGCAACUGAUCAGUCUGCGCAUGCUAAUCAAGCGCGAGGUGGACAAAAUGGUGAUGAUGCGUCGCGUCGAUCCAUACAUUGGCCCAGAGAUAGUCCGUUCUUUGUUGAGUGCUGAUGAGGGCACGAUUGCCCUCAACUAAGUCACGCCCAAGUCAUGUUUAUUAUUUUCUGUUCUGUGAUAAUUGUUUCUGUUUAAGACUGACUCGUUUUAUAAUUUUUACCCCCCGAAUUGUCAUUCAUAUCGGCUACAAUUUCAUGUCUCUCCUAUAUCUUUGAUUUGAUGACUUUCUGCAUUGCCUGACCACCCCUCCCAGUCCCAAUCCCCUGACUUAUUUAUCAGCAAUUUUAUUUAUUUAAUUAUAUACAAAAGAAAAAGCCUACAAGAUGAAUGCACUCAUUCAAAGAACGUCUGAUUUAAAUUGCGGUAUUGAUUAGAUCAAUUGCCAAAUAUAUAUAUACAUACACAUACAUACAUAAAUACAUAAAUAUAAUCGUACUAGUACAUUUUUUGCUUCAAUAAUUGAGGCUGAGGCUACAGUAUUUUAAACUCUAAAUGUCUAACAAAUAAACAGGAAACCAGAAAACAUUCCGCGAACAUUUCUUAAAUUAUGCAUAAUUCUGCAAAUUCUGCAAGUAACGCAACCAAACUGGAUAAACAGGGAUAUGUACUUCUCGUGUGCACUAUAUUUGUUGUGUGUGUUUAUAAAUGUAUUAAAUUUAUUAAUCAUUCAAAUGAAAA